CUACACCGCCUUCUUCGCUUCCUGGGAAGUGAGUCCGUCACAAUCAGAUUCCCGGCAAUUCUGUCCGACGCUAUCGUACCUGGAAACAAGGAGGAUGCAAGAUCGUCAACAUGAUGAUUGUCAUACAUAGUGCGGGUACGUUAAAGAUAACUUGUGACCAAGCGCAGUAGAUGUUGCGCCCUCCCCAAUGUCGUCCCCACUUCAGCAGAUAGGUGAGAUUUUGUUGGGUCAAGACUAUGGUGUUUGUGCUGCAGCAUCAUUGAUCUUUUUUGAUUACUUUCUCACCUUCCCUCAAGAAGUCCGGCUCGUUUGGGCUUCCAAGUGGACACCGGGAAAGGUGCUAUUUCUGUUCAUUCGUUAUGUGGGAUUGACUGAUGCUGCUGUUUCUAUAUAUGUACAAUUUGGCACUACGGUAACACCAAGAUCAUGCUUAAUUUCAAUGUAUUGGUCUCUGUUGUCGAUGUUUGUCACCUCAGUCGCUGCGUCCCUCGUUUUGGCCCUGCGUACUUGGGCAAUUUGGAACAAGAGUAAGAUGUGCGGCGCGAUUGUCUUCACUGGAUGGAUAGUGGGAACAACAUGCUCGGCCUUUUAUACAAUCCGCUCCAUCAUCGGCUCCUCUCCGUACAGCAACAUCUUCGGUCUUCCAGGAUGCAUUGACACGACCACUGCAGCUGCAGCAAAUGAUGCCGUGAAAGUGUACGCCUUCGGUUGCGCAUAUGAAAUUUUGAUCUUCCUCCUCACUUUGGCUCGAGGACUGCAACAAUUAUCUAGCAAUUCACCGACACUGCUGUUGGUUCUAUACCGAGAUGCCUUCAUUGCUUCUGUCUGGACACUUGCCUUUUCAAUCACCGACGUGGCACUGUCAGCAACACAGAAUCCAAAUUUCUACUUCUGGUGCUUGAUAGGCUUCGCAUUCUCCUUCAUAGUGCCCACCCGCAUCAUCCUCAAUCUUCGAGCAAGUACGAUGCAGAUCGAUCAAUGGGACGUGACGACAGGACAUCAGGACAUGUCUCCACGUGCGAUAGCAAGCCCUCGAAGGUCAAACCGUUCUGGCCAGACAUCCGAAACCAAGACUAGCUCUGAUGGCGGUACUGAUGUUUGAGGCUGGGAUAGCAUUGUACGAGGCAACGUUUGGCGAAUGUAGAUAUAUACUAUUCUUUAUUUCUAAUUUAGCAAUGUU